AUGUCAGGCAGCAGUGAUUACGCUAUGCCAGAUGCUGGUGUUGUCGCACCCGCAAAUCCGCAUGGCACAAACCGUCUCGGCUUACAGGAAAGCUUAGAGCUAGAAUUACUAACAGCCGAUGAAAUAGAUGCGGUGCGCCGUGGAAUUAACGAUUGGUUUAAUGCUUCUGAUAAAGAUUUUUAUAAUUUACUAGGUCUUUCACGGGAUGCGACGCCAGUUGAUAUUAGAAAGGCAAUUAAUAAACUUCAAAGGAAUUAUCACCUUGAUAAAAAGAAUGGAGACGACGAAAUAUCCAGUUGUACGUAUAUAAGUUUUAUAAAUAGAUAUUUAUGUAUGCUAACCAUUACACAGUUUUUAAUUCCGUAA